UUUUAAUGGUGCUCCAAGGAAAAUCGUUCUAAAAGUUGUCAGAACUUUAAAUAAGCUUUAAAUAUGCGAUUGUAUUGUUUGUAAGAGUGUUCUAUAUUAACUAGGAAGUACUUUUCUUCAUGUGGAUGGAUAAAAUUAAUCACUUUACUGAGCACAGUUGAUUGAGUAUGUGUGUAUAAGUAUGUAUACUGGACACAGUGAUUUCGAAUGACCUUCUAACACUUUGUAACUGCUAUUUAUUUGUUAGGUGGGGAAAUUUACAAACGAAAUCAUAUCAACUUACUGUGCUGUUUUCUGAUUCAUCCAGGUAUUGUUUUAUGUACAUUUAUGCUUCUUUGUGUUUACAUUUGUUUCGCAAUUACAUUAAUUUCUAAUAUAAAGUUAGAUAGGGGAAGAUUAAUUAAUAUCACAAUGUAUGGAACUGUAAUCAUUUGUUAUUUUUAUUUAUUUACUUUUUGUACUUUUGUGAUCUGUUUACCCAGUUUUAAUUGGGUAUGAUGUUAUUGUUAUGUUUGCUCAGACCGCAUUGAGCGCGCCGAGGAGAGGUGGGGAAAUUUACAAACGAAAUCAUAUCAACUUACUGUGCUGUUUUCUGAUUCAUCCAGUUUGCUCUGAUCUGACGCUUGAGUGACAAUAAACCCACCAUCAGCAGUACCAGUGGCCUGUCUCAUUAUUGUACACAACGCAGAGAGUGCGAACACCGGUUACAGUGGUGCCGUGACCCGGAUGAAGAUCAGCUCUUCUGGAAUCUUCAUCCAAAGAUCAAUGUCGUUUGGUCGCCGGUGGAUGCUGCACUUCGAUCAAGGUUUUGAUGAACUGUGAUAGAGAGCAUUGCACUUUCAUCAAACUGGACACUUCACUAUAUCCUUUCUUUAUUUCUAUUUGAAUUUAAUAUACCUGUUUUCCUGUUUAACAUAUAUAUUUUUUGGUAGUUGUUCUCCGAUGCUGGUUUAUCUAUUCUAAAAUUUUAUUCAAUGUUUGAUCAUUUACAUGCCAAUAAGUAGUAAUGGCAUAUGGUUUCAAAGCAGACAGUUUUAAGGGUGAGGAGAACAUGUCAGAUUUAACUUUCGGAAGGGGAAGACUUUUUGCUAAUUCAUCUACGCCUGUUGCAGGGAGGGGUAGUGUGGGACGAACUUCUGAAUUUUGUUCUACCCGGGUAACUGAACAAACACCUAGUCAGUUAAGGAGUAACCCAUUUUUGGCUAGCCCAGAUUUAAAUGAUACUGCAUGGCAAAAUCUCAUAACACACAUUGCUCAAGAAGUAGGACAGACUUUGAUUUCUGUUCAAGGUGGGGGAAGGUAUGGGGAAGGAGAAACUAAUAAUGCACAGACACAGAGUCCAGUUGCUGGUCAGUCAUUCACAGAAACACCCUCACUUAAUUUGACAGGAGUCAAAUUAGUCAUGCAAUCUGAAGUAAGAGAGCCUCCUGUGUUCCGAGGUGAUGGAACAGAUAAGUUCACUGUGCAUGAGUGGGAGGAUUUACUGGACACAUACCUUCGUAAAAGAGGCAUACCAGCUUCCGAGCAUUAUCAUGAAAUCCUUUCCAGGCUGCUGGGUAAGGCCAAAGACAUUGUAAAAAUAACCCUACGCAGCAACACAUCUCUAAAACCUUCUGAGAACCCCAGAGUGAUAUUCGAUAUCCUAAAGCAACAUUUCAGUGAAGUCAGAUUCUCCUCUAUGCCUUUAGCAGAUUUCUACAGCACAGUUUCCGUUAUUGGAGAGAACCCAGUUGAGUAUUGGGUCCGGUUGAAUAAGGCUGUGGAUGCUGCUGAAGAGGCUUUGAAAAGACUUGGGCGACAGAUGGAUAAUCCUUGUCAGGAGGCAGCCAUGAUGUUUGUCAAAUACUGUCCGGACCCCAGCUUGUCAGCCGUUUUCCGUUUGAAAGCAGCAGACAAGUGGACAGCGAGUGAGGUACAAGAGCAUCUAGACAGAUAUCAGGUUGAGCAAAAAGAACAGUUGGCAAUUAAAUCUAAGCGCAAUGUUACAAUGAGGAAUGUUGCAGUUCACCGACAGUCACUCGUGGAGAAUGAGAUGAUGGCUAGUGGCUCCCCAGUCGUGGCAUCUGAACCUUCUAACACUUUGUAACUGCUAUUUAUUUGUUAGGUGGGGAAAUUUACAAACGAAAUCAUAUCAACUUACUGUGCUGUUUUCUGAUUCAUCCAGGUAUUGUUUUAUGUACAUUUAUGCUUCUUUGUGUUUACAUUUGUUUCGCAAUUACAUUAAUUUCUAAUAUAAAGUUAGAUAGGGGAAGAUUAAUUAAUAUCACAAUGUAUGGAACUGUAAUCAUUUGUUAUUUUUAUUUAUUUACUUUUUGUACUUUUGUGAUCUGUUUACCCAGUUUUAAUUGGGUAUGAUGUUAUUGUUAUGUUUGCUCAGACCGCAUUGAGCGCGCCGAGGAGAGGUGGGGAAAUUUACAAACGAAAUCAUAUCAACUUACUGUGCUGUUUUCUGAUUCAUCCAGUUUGCUCUGAUCUGACGCUUGAGUGACAAUAAACCCACCAUCAGCAGUA